GCUCCCUAUUCUGCACGAGAUAUUAUUGUAAAUGAAUAGGCAUUGUUGAUAUGUCUUCUGAAAGAGCUGAGAUGAGACUAUUGGACUAUCGGUGGCGGUCAUCCACUGCGUUUAUCAUCAUAUCGAUCACGAUCGCGCUGUUCGCUGAGAGCUUUCUAUAUAGCUUCGUUGUGCCCAUCCUACCAUAUCUUCUUGAAGUCCGCAAUCAUGUUGAUCCUCGUGACACUGUGCGCCUGACCUACCAAAUCCUCACCUCUUAUGGCAUUGUCGCAGUCAUUUCAGGUAUCGCCAUCGGACAAUCGGCAGAUCAUAUCAAGUCCAGAAAGUUGCCCUUGGUCCUUGGACUGGGCGUCGCUUUUGUAGGCACGGUGACUCUUGCUUGUGCCACGCAGCUAGUGUCAGGCGUAUUCAUUGGCCGUUUCCUCCAAGCUAUUGGUGGUACAUCGGCAUGGAUUAUCGGAUUUGCAACGCUGAGAGACACAAUUGAAGCCAAGGAUAUGGGUAAGGCAUUUGGACUAGUCAGUGGUUUCAGUAGUGCUGGGGCGAUGUCAGGGCCGGCGAUCGCUGGUCUGCUACUUAGCCUUGCAGGCUACUGGGCCACGUGGGGGGCCGCCUUACUUGUACUAUUGCUGGACAUUGCGAUGAGACUGGCGAUGUUAGAAAGGCCGAAGAAAGCUAGCAAAGCAUCAGUACAAGAAGCGAUUUGCGAGGAACGGAACGAGCCAACUUCGCAACCAGCCGGUGCCAAUGAGGAGACUGGCCUGCUUUCUGACGUUCAUACCCAGCAGUACAGCACCGCCGUACCGAGAGAAAACUUAACAAAGAACGAUGUCAUGAGUACAAAGUCCUUCUAUCGUGUCAUCCUUGGUCGUCCAAGAGUCAUCGUCGGUCUGAUGUGCUAUAUGGUCUAUUCGUCGUUGCACGCCAGUUAUAACACGACGAUUCCCACUCAUGUCAGAUCAGCAUUUGGUUGGGAGAGUUUACAGACCGGCUUGCUAUUCUCUGCUCUCCAAGGUCCAACUCUCAUCCUUAGUCCCGCAUGCGGCUGGCUCAGAGAUAAAGUGGGAACUCGACUCCCCACGGGCGUAGGAUUCCUACUGUUGGCUCCCUUGCUGUGGCUGCUUGGUGCCGCAGAUCAAACGAGGUACCCUUGGGCUGUAUCGGGGGAGUAUGCCGAGGUGACCUACGCAUUGACCAUUGUAGCCAUUGGGUGCGCUCAGAACUUGAUCGCUUCCGUCGGUUCAAUUGAGAUUACUUGCGCUGUGGACGAACUUGAAAGGGACCAACCGGGGAUCUUCGGUCCCAACGGCGGUUAUUCGCGGAGCUACGCGCUCUCAAAUAUGAGCUACACCAUGGGCUUUGUAUUGGGACCACUCAUCUCAGGCUCCUUAGCGGAUGCUAUAGGGUACUAUCACAUGAACUCGAUAUUUUCGGGAGUCGCUGCGCUCAUGUCACUUUUAGCUUUUUCCUUUUUAGAAGGCAAAUCUCCAGUACAGCGGAAAGGCGAUGAUGUUAACCCAGAUGCCACAUGAAUAAACAGUGGCUCGUAGACUCUGGCAAUCAACAUCGGCCGCCUACUCGAGAUCCUAGGGCCCUGGGCUUGUACGACAACAAUAAAUCAGGAGAAUUAUACUCAAGAAAGCUAAGUUGAAAAAUUGGGCAAAUGGUUGGUUUAAGGCUGUCGAUUCCGCUGUUCCAUUAAACAAUCUUGGUCUGACGCCAGGAGAUAUGCAGCUCGAUACACCACCUCAUAUCACAGAUUUGGUCAGAGAUAAAACUGGGAUAUUCCAUGCAGAAGCACCAGUAUUAGGCUUAUUCGGCAACGCUGUUGGAGACUCGAUCUUCGUGAACAUUUUGACCAGCUACCAGAACGUAGGGAGAUGCUGGUACCCUGAAUUACUGCCGUUAGCUUUGAAGAUACAUCAGGCACUGUCUGAAUAGAAAAUUCAAUAAACAAGUUUUGCCCGGCAA